AUGCUUCUCACAAAUAUGCGCGUUCAACUUGGUUUUGGAGACAAGUUUGUUCGCUCCUUGCCUGGUCGAUGUGGCGAGCUAGAUGUCAAAGAUAUGCAUCACGCAGUUGUGACAGUCUUGGAUGCUGAACCUCGCCUAGAUCGGGAUCGGAUUGUGCUUUACGGAGCAUCUCACGGAGGUUUCCUUGUCUCUCAUUUGAUUGGACAGUAUCCGGGUUUCUACAAAUCGUGCGUCGCGCACAAUCCUGUACUUAACAUACUUGCAAUGCAUGACAUUACAGACAUUCCUGACUGGUAUGUUUUUAACUGAAU